AUGUCCUGGAACGCUUACACAGACAGUCUUAAGUCAACUGGAAAGAUUGAUAAGGCAGCUCUUUACUCGGCUGCCGGAGACUCACUCUGGGCCGAGUCAGGUGGGUUUCAAAUUGCUCCACAAGAGAUCCAAUCAAUUGCUGGUGCUUACGCCGACCCACUGAACUUGCAAGCUCACGGGUUGCACAUCGAGGGUCAGAAGUACUUCUUAUUGAAGGCUGACGAAAGGUCUGUUUACGGCAAACUUGACGAUACUGGAAUCGUUGCUGUCAAGACCAAACAGGCGAUUGUCAUUGCCCACUACCCAUCCGGUGUCCAGCCACAAGAGGCCACUGCUGUAGUGGAAAAGUUGGCUGAUUACUUAAUUGGAGUUGGCUACUAG